GUCGAUCGGCACGUUCCACCAAUUUUAAACGACAGAUCUUUUGCUUGUAACGUUCUAUCAUCAACUACUAAAAUCACAUUUCGAAACAUCACUACCAUGGCCAAUAACGACAGAUUGAAGACCACUGCCGAGGCCCUGAUGGAUAUCGGCCUGUUCACUAGUAACGUCUCCCAGAUAGUGGCCAUCACCAGAUCAGAGGGCGGUGUCAACACGGGCGAGGAGACUGCAAGGGUGGUGUUACUUGGCAUCGGUAUGCUGCUCCAGGUGGUUCUGAUGAUCAUAUUCAUCUACCAGGGUGUCAUGGCUGGGAAGAUAAAUGUCAUUCUCCCUGCCGGUGCCCUUCCUCCCCCUCCCCCUAAAAGAGGGCUCGAUUUCGCUGUCAACGUGCUGGUCCUCCUGGUAUGCCUCCUUAACGUUACUAUCCAUAUUUUGGAACACGAGGCUUGAGAAGUCCGUGUAUGACUUCUCAGACUUCACAGACAUGCUUGGUGUUUCUGUGACUGUCUGUUCUGAGAAUGUCUAAUUGAUGAUUCGAUUCCUCUGCCAGUCUGCCCUCUUCAAAGUUUUCUGAUUU